AUGUCUGACUUUGUCUUGGAGGAGGUGAAGCUGGCCGACACCCGCGCCGAGCGCGACCUGCAGGACUCGCUCGCCGAGAUCUUCAGCAUAAUCGUCACUCUCGACGAGCUCGAAAAGGCUUUCCUGAAGGACGCUAUCCCCGAGGCCGACUACACCGAGAUCUGCGAGCGCUCUCUGAAGCAAUACAAGUCCAUCCUGGCCGACGAAACCGUCGCGAAGGCCUUUGGAGGCCUGGAGGAGUUCAAGGCGGAAUGGGAUCUCGAGGUCCCCCGCGCAACGGAGCGCAUCCGCGUCGGCAUGCCCUCAACAACCGUAAACGCCUCCUCCAGCGCCGCCCCAGCUCCCGCUGCUGCCGGUAAUACCAGUGGCGCCUUGAUUUUAGAGGCCACUCAGGAGUUCAUUACCUUCCUCGACGCCGUCAAGCUAGGCCUCCUUUCCAAGGACCAGCUGCACCCCUUGCUCUCCGACGUCAUCCAGUCCGUCAACAAGGUCACAGACCGCGACUUCGACAGCAGGGGCAAGAUUGUACAGUGGCUCAUUACUUUGAACCAGAUGAAGGCUACAGAUGAGUUGAGCGAGCAGCAGGCCCGUGAGCUGGAGAUGGACAUCCAGCAAGCCUACCAAGGAUUCAAGAGCACUCUCACUUGA